CCUGUCUUCGCUGUCGCUCUUCGCCUGCUUGCUGCGUUACAAAUCCUUGCAGGCUUGGCUGCCUAUAUACAUUGCUCACUUGCUGGGACUCGCCAGACCAUCUCUCGAACGCCCACCUUGCCCGCCGCUCGCUACGCAGAACGGCUGCCCUACUGGCCUCGAACGAGUUCAUGCUCUCCGGGUCCUCGCACUGGCUGGUGGUUGGUCUGGGCAAUCUUCCUUAUCCUGGAACGCGUCACAGCAUCGGACACUUGGUACUUGACAGUCUUGCCUCUCGGUUAGGCGUGUCCUUCACGGCGGACGCAUCAAUCAAAGGCUUCAGAGCGACCAGGUACAAUGCUCACAUCGACUCUAAUGAUGUGACGAUCACGCUCUACAAGCCGAAGGCUCUCAUGAACAUCUCCGGCUCACCUGUGGCAUAUGCUCUGAAGACACUCUCCAUUCAACCCGCAAACAUGAUUGUCGUCCACGACUCACUAGAUCACAAGCCCAUGAAGCUCUCGCCCAAGUUCGGAGGGUCUGCUAGUGGGCAGAACGGCGUGCGCAGCAUAAUCGCCGCCCUCGGCGGCACGAAGGACUUCCACCGUCUACGGAUAGGCAUCGGGCGCGACCAGUCCGACCCCGUAGACUACGUCAUGGGGCGACUAUCCUCCACCGAGCGCGCCUUCUGGCAGCACGGCGAGGGUACGGACGCAGUGUGGUCUGCGUUGUUGAAGAUCAUGGCUACACCUCACUAGUGUCUAUCUGCAUCACACUACAGCAGCAAGCAUACAUAUGUACAUGUGAGUGCGACCCCCGGCUAGCUCUAUUUCCCUAUCACAAUUCCCAUGUCUGCAGGCAGUAGUAAUGAUGCCGAACAUAGUAACUUACGGCCGCGUUGUCAUAUUUACGGCCUGCAACCCCUCCGAGCCUUCGACGUCGAAAUGCUAUCGCCCUUCCACCACGCACAACCGGCAUCAGAGUGUCCAUAUC